AGCUCGGGGCGGGCGGAGUCAGCCGUAAGCCGGAAGUAUACUCUCUCACACACAGUAACACCGCCAGCACGGAGGGGAUGGAGAUUGACUGCCAGCCCGAGGACUCCAUUGUCACCUCGUUUGAUGAAGACUGUGUGGAGCUCGGCGACGUCAAGGACAUGAGACUGGAGGCGGAGGCCGUGGUCAACGAUGUACUGUUUGCCGUCGCCGAAAUGUUUGUGUCACAAAGUCUCAGCAGCGCAUCGGACGUGGCCUACAUAAAUGUGGAAACAAGAGAGGGCAAUCGCUACUGUCUGGAGCUCACAGAGGCAGGACUGAGAGUGGUGGGCUACGCCUUUGAUCAAGUGGAUGAGGAUUUGAGCACCCAGUAUCAUGAGACUGUUUACUCCCUUCUGGACACCCUGAGUCCAGGUUACAGAGAAGCCUUCGGGAACGCUUUGCUGCAGCGGCUGGAGAGGCUCAAGCAAAACGGACAAUAAGAAAAUGAGAUGCUAAGCUGUGCAACUGGAAAAAAGGGGGUUGAUAAUGCGGUUGUGUUUGGACAUGAGUCAAUAAUAACCUAACCUGUUCAAAUAUUAUAGCCUAUCGCCUGUAUACCACUGGGAAUGAGUGGUACUUUGGCUUGUCACUAUGGUUUUGUUUCCGUUUCCCUGUGUGGUUUCAUGUCAGUCAUUUUAGUUUGAUCGCUAGGGAUUGGCUGUGUGGGAUCUGCUGCAUUAUUGCAAUAUUCACCUCUUUUCCCCCCCGAGGUUGGAAAGAUAUUCCACCUUCCAAAUGUUACAAAUGUGUGACUUUACAUGUUUUAUAAUGCUGCACCUUUUGUACUCAUCAGACCGAAUCCCAGUAAGAAAGAGUGAGUUGACUGCUAUACCGGGAAAAUAGACCGGUUGUACCUCUGUUCUGCUGACUGCACUACGGCUGUGAUACUCUGACCAAUAUGAUCCCUGCAAAACACCCAGUGGUUUUCUAGUGCUUAAGAAUAUCACUCUCACUGAAAGAGCCAAAGACGGUGUUUAGUUGGUUUCACAGGCUUAUUUUCAAACCUGCUCCUCUCAAUCCAUUCCUCAUAUUUUAUAUUAACUGCCUUAAUGACAGAUCCUUGGUUAGGAAAAGUACAAAAUCUCAUUAACCUGGGUUUUGCUUAGUUUGUAUUGAGGGAGGUGAAAGGUAUUUUUUUGUGGUUCUUUCUCACAGCCUUUCCGAUAGGUAAUGAGGUCAGAUGUAAAGUGGAAAUUUUUAUUCAAAGUGUUCAAAAUCCUCCUUACCAUAUUGUUGUAUAGAUCUAUAGAGGUGGACAAGUUACAAGAUGGACAUAUUUUAUUUAAAAGUUGCUUUGUGGACAUUAUUCCUCCAUGGUGGCCCAUGCGCUGCUUCUCAAGCUACAGUUUCAGAAUUUUUGCAGUGAAAGAUUAAAGCUUUCGGUGUAGAGGUUAAAACACUUUACCAGUUGUGACCUGCUCUCUUUAAACUUUUGCUUCAUUCUUAAAGCACAUUAUUUGAAUUCAGCGCCUUGAGCUGUUUAAAGAUUUGCAGUUUGGUUUAUUGUAUGUGACCUGCUCAUCAGUUUAAUUGGGUGUUAUGAGAUCUGUGUGCAGAAAGCCUGUUCAUUUUGCGUUCAUAUGGUUAUUCCUUGCUGCUGGCCUUCAGACCAAUAAAUUCUCAGAAGUACA